AUGUCCGACCAGAUUCAGGAGAUCCUGGACGUCCCGCGGGAGUUUGUCAAGGACGGCUUGCAGUUCAUCAACCGCUGCCAGAAACCCGAUGUCAAGGAGUUUGUCAAGAUCAGCCAGGCCGUCGGUGUCGGCUUCAUCGUCAUGGGCGCCGUGGGCUACUUUGUCAAGCUGGUGCACAUUCCCCUGAACAACAUCCUCGUGGGCGGCGCAUAG